AUGGCAACUCAAAAAUUUUCAAACUUCUCCAUCGAUUAUAUUUUGGGCGAGAGCAGCAAACAAACACCAAAAUCACCUGCAGUGUAUCAUCCAUUACCUUCGCAGCAUUCCUCAGGACAUUUGACCGAAGUGGACCUCUGCCAGGAUGGAUCUAGAGGUCAUGAUGACCAUGCAACUUUAAUGAUGAACUUUCCAUCAUCAUCCUGGGCAGAAAUGUGCAGAUGCUGUGUUCCAGUAGCAUAUUAUCAAACAAGCUUUAAUUCCAACUACUAUGCAGGUCAGCAGUGGCCCUUCUAUAUGUAUGGACCAGGAUGUGACAAAGCUGACAAUCGCUGCCACCAAAUUACACCUCAGAGACAGCGCAGUAGAGUACGAACCGUUUUUACGGACAGCCAGACGGAGCAGCUCGAUCGACUCUUCGCUAUCACGGACUACCCGACCAUGGAGGCCCGCGCUGAGUUAGCAAAGAGCACCGGCCUCAGUGAGGAGACUGUGCGGGUGUGGUUUAAAAAUCGACGUGCACGCAGAAAAAGGCAGACAACUUGCUCUGGCAAAAGCACAACGCGCGCUCCCGAUCUUCCUCAGGAUUCAGAUUAA